CCGCCGAGGGCGUUGCCGCGGGGCAGGGGCGGGCUCGGGCGCUGAGUCACGCCCCGCCCAGGAGCGUCUGGGGCCGUGCGGCCCGGAAGACUGGGGGUGCGGGAGCUGGAGCGGCUGUGCGAGUGCAACGGCGGCGGCGGCUGGCAGCAAUACCUGGUCCGAAAUGGGGUCUCAGGUCUCAGCCGACUCGGGAGCUCUGCAUGUGGUGAUUGUGGGCGGUGGCUUUGGUGGGAUUGCAGCUGCUAGCCAGCUGCAGGCACUGAACAUCCCCUUCAUGCUGGUGGACAUGAAAGACUCCUUCCAUCACAACGUGGCAGCCCUCCGGGCCUCCGUGGAGAGUGGGUUUGCCAAAAAGACAUUCAUUUCCUACUCCGUGUCCUUCAAGGAAAACUUCCGGCAGGGCCUGGUGGUCGGGAUAGACAUGAAGAAUCAGACGGUGCUUUUGCAGGGUGGGGAGGCUCUGCCCUUCUCACAUCUGAUCCUGGCCACAGGCAGCACUGGGCCCUUCCCGGGCAAGUUCAAUGAGGUUUCCAGCCAGCAGGCUGCCAUCCAGGCCUAUGAGAACCUGGUGAAGCAGGUCCAGCGCUCAAGGUUCAUCGUGGUGGUGGGAGGAGGCUCCGCAGGAGUGGAGAUGGCAGCAGAGAUUAAAACCGAAUAUCCUGAGAAAGAGGUCACUCUUAUUCACUCCCAUGUACCCCUGGCUGACCAGGAGCUCCUGCCCUGCGUCCGGCAGGAAGUGAAAGAAAUCCUCCUGCGGAAGGGUGUGCAGCUGCUGCUGAGUGAGCGAGUGAGCAACCUGGAGGAGCUGCCUCUUAACGAUUAUCGAGAAUACAUCAAAGUGCAGACAGAUAAAGGCACGGAGGUGGCCACCAACCUGGUGAUUCUCUGCACCGGUAUCAAGAUCAACAGCUCUGCCUACUGCAGCGCAUUUGAGAGCAGACUGGGCAGCAAUGGCGCCCUGCGAGUGAACGAGCACCUCCAGGUGGAGGGGUAUAGCAACGUCUAUGCCAUCGGCGACUGUGCUGACCUGAGGGAGCCCAAGAUGGCCUAUCAUGCUGGCCUCCAUGCCAACAUUGCUGUGACCAACAUUGUCAACUCCAUGAAACAGCGGCCCCUCAAGGCCUACAAGCCAGGUGGGCUGACAUUCCUCCUAUCCAUGGGGAGAAAUGAUGGUGUGGGCCAGAUCAGCGGCUUCUAUGUGGGUCGGCUCAUGGUCCGGCUGGCCAAGAGUCGGGACCUGUUCGUGUCCACAAGCUGGAAAACCAUGAAGCAGUCUCCACCCUGACAAGAAGGCUGCCACAGCAGUUCUAAAACAACGGGAAGAAAACACAAGGAAAGAAAGCCCUCGCGGAGACCUGCUGAAUUAGGGACUGAGGCUCUGGAAGAAUAUAAAACGCAGAGGGUUCCUCCCGUGAGCAGGACCUGCCCCACCACCUCUGCUGCCCACUGUCCCCUCCGCCCCCCUCCACUCCCCUGCCCUGCCGUCACCCUUCUUCUCUUCUUUUAAAAAAUAAAAUCCCACUCUUGUGA